GCCGCCCCCCAUGGAGCUGGAGGCGCAGUGGUGGACCGGACAGCUGGCGGCGGACAUCCACCAGGCGCUGCGCUACAAGGAGCUGAAGCUGCCCUCCUACAAAGGCCAAUCUCCCCAGUUACAUCUGAGAAGAUACUUUGCAGAUCUGAUUGCCAUUGUGAGCAAUCGGUUCAGACUCUGUCCUGCUGCACGACAUCUAGCUGUGUAUCUGCUGGACCUCUUUAUGGAUCGCUAUGACAUAUCCAUACAGCAGCUGCAUGUGGUUGCUCUUUCCUGUUUACUUUUAGCAAGUAAAUUUGAAGAAAAGGAAGACAGUGUUCCCAAACUUGAACAACUGAACAGCUUGGGAUGUAUGACUAACAUGAAUUUGGUACUAACAAAACAGAAUUUGCUUCAUAUGGAGUUACUGUUGCUAGAAACAUUUCAGUGGAAUUUGUGCCUCCCAACUGCUGCUCAUUUCAUCGACUAUUAUCUUUCUAUUGCUGUCCAUGAAACUGAUCUUCAUGAUGGCUGGCCAAUGGUUUGCUUGGAGAAGACUAAGUUAUACAUGGCAAAAUAUGCUGAUUACUUUCUUGAAGUAUCGCUGCAAGAUCAUGCAUUCUUAAAUUAUGCCCCUUCUUUAGUUGCCACUGCAUGUGUAGCUUCUUCAAGGAUUAUCUUACGCCUCUCACCAACAUGGCCUACUCGACUGCAUCAUCUUACUGCAUAUUCCUGGGAUUUUCUAGUGCCAUGUAUUGAACGCCUUUUAAUUGCACAUGAUAAUGAUGUGAAGGAAGCAAAUAAGCAAAAAGGACAACACUCUCAGUCUGCUCAACAUACUGUAUUUCAGACCCCAGGUCCAACUGCUCAUCAGGCUAAUGUUCAACCACACAUACCACAGUAUCUCCAAGCUCAUCAGUCUUCAUUACAGUAUCAUCAUCAGACAUCACAACAGCAAAACUGUCAACAGAUAGUAUCAGCUAAUCACACAGCAUCUUAUCCACUUCAGACUUGCCCUGCUGCCUUACAGUCUAGUGUCCAGGCUCGAUCCCAUGUACAGACUGGUGCUGCCAUGUCACUAGCUGUUCCUCUAGAAGUGAAGCCAUGUGUAAGUGUCUCCUACAACCGCAGUUACCAAGUGAAUGGACGAUAUUCCUGUGUUACUCCCUGCUUUGAGAGGUGAUAAGUACAAAACUGAUCUUGUGCUUGUUCAUGGGGGGCAGGAAGUUGCGUUGAGGGGGAGUUAUUUUGUUUUUGUUUAACCUCAAAUAUGUUUGAGGGCAGGAAGUUGUAUUAAAAAAAAAAAAAAAAAGUCUUUCCAGGAAAAAAAGGCAACUGGAUUGACAAUUAGUACUGGAGCUCAAAUACAGACUGCUUAAACUAAGCACACGGAACAUCUGAAAGAAUGUGUAUACCUGGGCAUAGUAACUUCUUACUCAGGCACUCAGUCUGUGCUUCUAAUGCACAUACUUGAAAUAUUAGCCAAAAGAAAAAUGGCCGUGGACUAACUACAGAAUUACUGUUUAAUGAAGGAGAUACGCAGUAUUAUUUUUGAAGACAUUUAUGUAAUACCACCAUACAGUAUUAACUUUAAAUUUACUGAAACUUAAGAAUCCACUGAAUGCCAGAUUUUUCCAAAUAUGUAGGGACCAGAGGAAGAAACAAAUUUCAUUUUGAUAACUCCAUGCUCUUGCUUUUGUGUUGGAUAUUUGCUUUAGAUAUUUGCAUUUGAGUUAACUGGUAUUGUGGCUAGUUUUUUAAGUUUUGUACCCCACAGGAUAGAUGCUAUGUUUUUCCUUCUUUUUUUCUUUCCUUGUCCUUUUUGUUUAAAGUAACUCUUUCAUACUAACUCAGGGAAUUUUCUACUCAUUACUUUGCGCUGCUGGUUUGUACGCUUAAUUGGGUAUAACCUGAGGGAGAAAGGGAAGAGAUUAUAGCAAAUGGAGUGGCUUUUUUUCAGGGCAUCUACACACCAAGUACCAAAGGGAUGCAUUAGUGUUCACAGAAUGUAGAUGUGAACUACUGUCCAGCAGUGAGGUAUUAAUGAUUGAAGAAAAGAGAAAGUUUCAUCCAAGCUAGUGCUGUGCCAGAUUGUUACAGUGGCUGUGAUUCCUCCAUGUACAUGCACACACAACAACCAAGCAUCCUCCAAUUGUACUGACAGUAUCAAUUCUACAAAAAAAAAAAAAAAAAAAAAAAAAGCAGUCAAAUAGAAAUCCAAUCUGUGUCAGGCUUACAGUGGAGGGAAAUUCUCAGGUAAUAGUGGGGCAAAUUUAUAUUCUGUUUGGGAAUUCCAGAAGAAAAUGCAGAGAUCUACUCUUCUAAAUGGGUGGGUCAAAAUGUGUUGCAGAGUGAACUGCUUUAUCACAAUUAAGAUGUUAAUCACAUAACUUUAUGAAAUUACACUAUCUCCUGUGGAGCAGGCUGUCUGAGAGUAGAAAGCUUCGCUUGUCCAACUCUUGGAUGAAAAUGGUAAUGAAGAUAGUAGGGCAAAACUGCUUAAAAAAUAAAAAAAAAUACCAGUCUCUCCUGUGGUAGAAUAUGGGAGGAAAUUUGGAUGACAGGAUUCUUACUACUUUAAAAUAUCUUUAUAGGUUGUAAACUUAAGGCUUUUUUGGUGUUGUUGUUCUCUUACCAUCUCCAUCUUCUGCUCAUCUUAGUAGCAACACUUACAAAACUUGUACCAUCCCAUUGGGGAUCUCACAAAGACCACUUUGAAAAUAGGGGCAGUUAAGGUAUGCUACCAAUAUUAAGGUGAGUGCUUUAUCACUGGAGAGAGGGCCUUCCCAUUAUGUUCAGAAUGGAGAGAAUGCAAAUACAUUCAUUCUCUCUGGAAUUGAAUGAUGACAUGCUACAAAAAAAUCUAUUUACUGAUGAGGAGAAUAAAUCCUGUUCCUUUUGUUCUAUUUUCUGUAUAAAUCCCAAUUUUUGUUGAGGGCUUUUGUAGCAUAAAAGUCUAAGUCAAGAGGGGUUUAGGAGGAUAACAAAAGUUUAUUGUUGAGAAUCAGCUUUGAAAUAGGCAUAGGGUCAAUUCUUACUUCUUUUAAGUGUAAAAUCUUUUUCCUCACCUCUCCAUCUAUUAAUGAAUAUUUCCCCUUGUCUGAAAGUAGCAUUAAGUUGAGAUUUUCCACCUCAUAAGAUGCCAUGCUUUUUACUCAGCAUUGUUACCCAUGUAAAAGGGAAAUGGACUUCCUUCUACCAGUUUCAUUUUGUUGCAUUGCUAUAUCCAAGUCCUCAGUGCUCUGAACUACCUCUGAUACUAUGAAUGUACAGUCUUGUAAUAGACCAUGACUUGAAGUAACAGCAGAUGCCUGUAGCAAACUUUUCUGGAAAAUCUCAUCAGCUAACUCAUCAUCUUUAGUUGUGAUGCAUCAGUAUAGGCUUUUUUUUUUUUUUUUUUUUUUUUUUUUUGGAGUAUUAGUAAAGUUAUCCCAUAGGCAUUUGAUAUAUAAAAAUUUAACUAAUACUUAACACUGGAAUUAUAAUGGGUGGGGGGAUUAUUCAGUUAGUUAAUACAACCAACUUACAUUUAAUAGGAUAUUUUUAUUUGACAAUUUUUAAGACAUUAGGUCAACUGUAAAGAAAUCCACUACUUGCUGUUUGUUUUUAAUUUAUUGCUUAGUCUGUCUUUUUUUUUUCUGACACUACAGCUUCAUAGUGACUGCAGAGAAAAUGUAUACUGAACAGUUUUGAUGUAUUAUUUAAAAGGGCUUUACCAGUGUACAUUAAAGAUACACUGUUCUUACUACUAGAACCAAAAUGUUUUCUAUAGCAUAAAUAAGAAUGGUGCUCCUAAAUGCAAAAUGUCCAAAACAAUGGAAUCUUUGUGAGUGCUAUGCAUUCAAUUUAUUUUUAAAAAUAAAACUAGUUUUGAAUAAGAAA